AAGCAAUGCUAUUUUUGAAAAUAUCCUAUAGGCACGAUAAUACUGUAAUAAUAUAUAAAUAAAAAUCUUGCAUGGGCAUAGACUAACGUACUACUUCUCCCGCAAGCAUGGAUAAUAUAGACAAACUCUUUAGUGAGCUAAUAGCCAAGGAUGUACCAGCAUUGGAGGAUCUACUUAAAAUGUUAUCAACAGAAGCCCAAUCAAUGACAGAAUUUGUGGAUACUUUGUUACAAAGACUUGAUGAAAAUGAGUUGCCAACUGAGGGAGGAGUAUCAUUACUAGAUGUAAAAUAUCAUUCAUUAUUGAGUUAUAUCAUAGAUCUCGUAUUCGUCACAAUAAAGAAGAUUCAGGGAGAAAAUAUUGCAGACUGUCAUGCGAAAAAUCGCUUGGUUGAAAACAGGACUGUGCUUGAAAAGUUAAAUCCAUUAGAACACAAAAUUAAAUACCAAAUUGACAAACUGCUUCAGCAAUCGACCCAAAAUUUAUUGAAUGAUCCACUGUCAUUGAAACCUAAUAUUGAUAAUUUAGAAAGCAAAAUUGAUAACGAUGAAAGUGGUAAUUCAGAUGAUGAACAAGAACCUAAGAAAUAUGUUCCUCCACGAAUUGCAGCUUCACAUUAUGAUGUAGAAGAUGGAAAAAGCGAGCAAGAAGACCGUCGAUCAAGAGAGCGUGCUCUCAAGCGAUCUUCCAUCAUCAUGGAUCUCGCACAAGAAACUUCAGAUGCUCCUUUUGAAAUAUCAGAGUAUUCAGCAGGGAGAAAGCGGGUUCAAAAAGAAAGAGCAGAAAGAACAACUUAUGAAGAAGCAAAUCUCAUCAGGAUUAAUCUAACAAAGAAACAAAAGAACGCUGAAAGACAGCUAAUGAGACGGUCAGAGCUUGACACAAUCACAAAGUUUGGCGAUAUUGGUGUUCUUGAGGGACGUCAGAUAAAAAAUAAUAACAAUAAAAGGAAAAGUACUGGAAAAUAUAAUGGAUCAAAAAAAUGGAAAAAAUUUAGAAAGUAAAUUUAGGAUUAUGACAAAAAUGAAUUUAGAUGAUAAUUCUUGGGUGGCAUAUUUUCCAAUUUUAAUAAUACCAGCGAAAAAACUCAGAUAUACAGUGAGCGGUCUUUUUCAUCAUUAUUUCUUACAAGAUUUUUGUCUUUUUGUAGCAUUCAAAGUUCUGAAUUUAAUUUGAAAAUAGGAAAAAUCAUAUUCAAAACAUCGCUUCAUGAUGUUGAUUUGUCAUUUCCAGGUUUUUAGUUAUAGUCUUAGAAUUCAUAGAAAGUUGUUAUUUGGAAUUAUAGUGCCAACCUUGUGUCUGUUAAUAAUCAAUUGUUCAAUAAAACUUAAAUGAAGAAUGCCCAGAAACCUGCACUGCAGAUUUUUAAAUUGUGACUUAAACUUUUCAACUAAUGUUUAUUUUGAAGCAGUGGUUCUCAAACUGUGAGGCACCCCACAAGGAGUGCAUGGACAAUUUUUUGAGGGGGCGUGAAGCUAAAUAAAAAUAAAAAUAUUUGUUAGAUCUUGUCCACCUUAUUUUGGGUAUUUGAUUUCUUCAUUUUGGAUAUUUCCGUAUGUUCACGUAUUUUCAAUAUGUUUUUUGAAUAAAACAUAUUUUCGCCUUACUAUCUGUCAAUUGUAACUUAUUGUUACCGGUAGUUAUUUUUGAGGUGGGGUGCGAGACUUGAUGAAUUCUAAUAAGGGGACCAGCUUAAAAAGCUUGAGAACCACUGUUUUAAAGCAUCAUUGGAGAAAUUUUUUUUGUUUUAAUUGAAUUCCACUUACAGUAUACAAAUUUAUUCGAAUCUACUUUAGAUUCAGUUCUUGUCUUGUGUUUUUGACUCACCACUUCAAUAUCAAUAUUUCCACAAUCAUGAAUGUUAUCAAUUUUUUUUUUUCGUUUAG